AUGCAAUCCCCGCUCAUCACCGCACUCCUAGCGGCCCUCGCCACCCACAUGGCCCUUGCUACGCCAAUGCCGACCAUAGGCACAGACACAAGCACAGACCCACCCCGAGACGUGGCCAGAUCCGAGCAGGACGCGGCAGCAGCCCGGGCCGGGCUCGGGCUCUCCCCGCGAUGGUGCAACGCCGUAGGGGCGACCUGCAAGCACGAUCACGACUGCUGGUUGGAAGGCUGCACCGGCUGCAAGAACGGACUCUGCCAUGGCGACACUUUUUGGGAGCUGGAGGAGGAGGCGACUGGGUAUUUGUAUAGUUAUGCCAAGACACACGAGGCCUGA